AUGUUCUUCGAUGGAGCUGCGAAUCAUAGAGGUUGUGGGGCCGGGGUUCUGUUCAUAACUCCAGAAGGUUUGUGUAUGCCUAUGUCUUUUAGGUUGGGUUUUGAUUGUACCAAUAAUAUGGUUGAGUAUGAAGCUUGUGUUCUUGGGUUAAAGACAACCAUUUCAAUUGGAGUAAAGAAGUUGGAGGUAUAUGGAGAUUCUUCAAUUGUAAUUUUUAAAGUACAGGGUAGGUGGAAAACAAAAGAUGAGAAGUUGAAACCCUAUCAGGAGUAUAUAGAGGCUCUGGUCGAGCACUUCACCGAGAUCAAUUUUGACUACUUUCCAAGGGACAGCAAUAGAUUUGCCGAUGCCUUAGCUACUUUGGCAUCAAUGAUGGAUUUCGGUCCUGGGGAAACAAUACAGCCAUUCGUGGUGGAUCAAAGGGAUUCCCCCUCGCAUGAAGAAUCUAUUAAUGUAUUGACUGUGGAUGGUAGGCCAUGGUAUGCCAAGAUUGUGGAUUUCAUUAAAGAAGGGAGAUACCCAGCUGAUGCUACUCAUGGAGAGAAGAGAUUUCUAAGAAGAUACGCCACCCAGUUUGUGUUGCACGAGGACAUUCUGUACAAGCGAUCUUAUGAUGGCAUACAGUUGGUGUGCGUUGAUGAAGAGCAAGCACAAACAGUUCUGGAUCAAGUCCAUCAAGGAAUUUGUGGUCCCCACAUGAAUGCUCAUAUGUUGGCUAAGAAGAUCCUCCGCCUUGGGUAUUAUUGGAAUACAAUGGAGGUAGACUGUGCAGAAUAUGUGAGGAAGUGCCACAAGUGUCAAAUUUUUGCGAAUCUUAUCCAUGUUCCACCAACAGAGGUAUCGAUGUGA